AACAAAACCGCAAACCUAAUUACUGGCAGAUUCAGAAACCAACAUGGCGUCCUCGAAUGCACGAAAUAGCACAGAGAAAGAGCGAAUAAGUCGGAAAAGAAAACGAAACAGUAGUAUUCCAGGUUUUGCACCAACUUCAUCGUCAACACCUGCGGUAAACUCUCAAGCUCCGAGAUCAAUAAACGUAGAACAAUUCGCUGAAGCUCGCGCAUUGGAAAUCAAGAACAUGGUAGCAGCUAUCACAGAAGCUGACAAAUCUAAAGGGAAGCGUGUGUUUCAAACCCUACCAAACCACAUGAGGAGGAGAGCGAUGAGCCACAACGUCAAAAGAGUGCCUGCUCGUCUCCGGCAACGUGCUUUGUAUGAGAUGCAUAACUCAAGCAGUAAACCUGAGGGGCAAAAGAAAAAGAGUAGGUAUCAUCGCCGUCGGCCCAAAAACCUGCUUGAAGAAUACACUCGUCGGCAGCGUAAGCAUGUCUGGCUUGAAACACACAUCUGGCAUGCAAAGCGCAUGAAAAUGAUUGAUACUUGGGGUUACAGGCUUGCUGAUCAUCCCAAUGAUAAAGGCUACAGAGCAAGUUAUAGAGCCACUAAGAACAACUGCAUCUUACAGGAUUUGUCUUAUUAUGGAUGCAUUGAAGUAGUUGGUGUCCAGCACCAGAUUAUCAAGGCAAUGAAUCACUUGACAAGUCAAGAAACAGGUCUGACCUUUGCUGCCAAAUAUUACUUGACAGGCAAGCGUGAAGGUCAUCUGAUGUUGUACAAACUGGACCAGUUCCCUCAAGGAGCAAUUUGUCCUGUAUCUUUUCUUUGGAGGCAAAUGAAAACAACAGACACCACAACAAUCACUGAGAAUAUGCAACACAGAGAAAAUGAUGAACUGAUCAAGGAAAUUGUUGAUAGUGGUAAUGUAACAAACAACCACAGCAUGGAGGCAAGUGAUGAAAUGCCUAUGAAAGUAGAUACGAGUCAGUUGUGGGUCUGGUGUCAUCCUGCGAGUUUCAGCUCAGUUUUUGAGGCAAUAAGUGAAGCUUGUAAGUCUGUUGGAAGAACUUCAGUUGAAAAAGGAAGAUGUUUUCCAGAUAAAGAUGACAAUCCUGAUCAAGAAACUCAAAGCUGUAAUUUUGUGAAUGGUUUUGAGCACCCAAAGUUAAGGGUUAUUUCUCGUCGAUAUGAUUUACUACGGUUACGUCUCACAGGACCAGAAUCACAUGCUCUGCUGACAAACACUCUAAAGUUAUCUUCUGGAACAUCUCAAAAACAUUGUGAAAGUAAAAGCAACAAGAAUUCACAAAAUAAUGCAACAUUUAUCAAAGACAAGGGUGAUCAUAGGAGGACUUCAAAAUGGUGGGAGCAGAUACUAAAUAACCCAAGUGAUUCAACAGCUCAAAGUUUAUUAUGGGAGAAAUUAAGGAAGGUGUCUUCACCCUCAGUCCUUCCUUCUGGGUGUGUCAUUGGUUUGACUGUUCAUGAUCCACGCCUUUACCUUCCUGGAAAGAAAAAAAACAUCAUGCAGGCUACUGAGGAUAAUGAUUCUGAAGAUUCAGACUAUUGUGCUGAAAUAGCAUCUGCACCUAGUGAGAUGAUGAACAAAGUAGAUAAAAGUACGAGCAAGCAGCCAUCUUUUGAAGAUCUCAUGGCCAACUGGCCAACUGAUGUUGCAGGCUCGCACAUCUGGGAGGAGGCAGUUUGUCGUGAAGUGAAAGAAACAAAAUUGUCUGAGCAGGAUUUGAACCGAAAGAGAUCUGCGUUCCUAGUUCCAGGCUCCCAGCUGGACUUGAAACCAGAUGAGAUUUCCCACAUUCCUUUGCUUCUCAUACAGCAACCAGGAAGUCCAGGUGACUGUAGAGAUGGUGCUGGAUACGGGAGUGGCUGGGACAUUAUCCUUCCCUGUGGAUGGGCUAUGGCAUUCUGGAUGGCAUUUGUCUACAGGGGUGCGAGAACUGGGGGCCUCCGGGAGAGUCAAACGUUAGCCCUUGAGCAAGGAGUGCCGUUCUUUCCAAAUGAUUUCCCUGACACUCCCUCAGGACAAGCGUACAAUGAAAACCUGAAAGCGGACGGCGAGGCCCAGUACGGCCGAUACCCGCCAGCGAAAAGACCUAAUUACGACAAAUUAGGUAUCAAGUCGCCCUUUUGUCCACCUUGGAAAGAACUUGUCGAGGACUGGAGUUUGUCUGAGCCUGAUUCUGGUGGUAAAGCAGUUGAAUCCACAAAGACCGUUGAUAGAAAUAUCGAAAGUAACACCAUAAAAGUCGAGUCGUCUUCAAACAACGUCUCUUUUUGCAAGCCCUUUUACGUGUUGCGAUCUCGCUCUAAACUGGCUGCUUUGCGGAACUUUGUUUUGCGCGGCAAAACAAAACAGACCAAAGGUAAAGGCCUCAAGGAUUUUGUCACAACAACUAAAGCGCCUUUGCCGAUGAAUAAUGAUUUGUCUGCCAUCGUGAAAGAAGAUGCCAAUUCUCUGGUAUGCGUGCUUGUGCGGAUGGUCGGUCGAAACGUUCCCACACCCAACUCCACCUUAGCGAUUCCUUUUUCUGAGGAUAUUACAGGAUUCACGAAAUGUAAAGACACGUCCAGCCCCGUGGAACCUCUGCACAAAGGUGUGCUGGCUCGCACGUCUGGGAAGUCUUUGAGGAACUUAUGCAAGAGAGAAAUCGUGGGAUUUGUUUCAUCCGGACAUUUCUCCCUCGCCCGUGGAUGUGGGUUUGGGGUGGGAUUUUGUGCUCUACCGGGUCUUGUAAAAUUGAUAUCUUCUACAAGUGACAGAGGAGAAGUCAUGGUGUUGGUGAGGAGUCCGACCACUCAACAAUAUAGAUGUGCUCAUUUAACGAUUUUUUAGUCUAAAUUCAUUCGGUGUUUACGCUGGACACAAUUGUAUUUAAUAUACAACAAACUGAACCACUCAAAACCAACCUUUAGCUGAGUGCCAUAGUGAUGUUUUUAACGGCAGUCUUUACAAGCCCAUCUAUUUGAUGGUACGUCGGAACAAGUUUUGUGUUUUGUCUUUAGUCUUUAAUUCCGUUUCAGUUAGAUUAAGCUCUCAUAGCUUUUGUUUAUAUCAAUGUCUUAAGCUUCGGUUAGAGUCACAAUGGAAGAAUUGAAGACCUCUAGGUUCAUGAAACAUCAAUAA